UGCGUGGGGAUGGUUCGUGGGGAUGUGUGUGCACGCGCUUCCCACGCCCCAGGCCUCCCGUGACGUCCCGGCUUCCUCCGCCGGCCUUGCGUCACCGCGGGAGGAUGUUGCUGGGCUCGGGGAGCGGGGCCCGGGAGCCAGCGGGGGCACCUCGGAUGGCCGGAGCAAUCCCUGGCUGGCUGUUCCCUCCUUUGUCCUCAUCCCCAGGUUUGCCCACCCGGCUGAGCCGCGGCCACUGGCCUUCCCUCUGGAUGGGGAUGCGGAGCCUGGGAGCGGGACUGGGCGUGCUGCUGGAGGCUGCCUCUGCCCCACGGCAAUGCUCGGGCUGGCACAUCGGCCACCUUGGUGGCGUUGGGGGCUGCCAUGCGAGGGCAAAAAGGCAACCAAGCAGUUCCUGGAGGAGAUCAACAAGUGGACAGGCCAGUAUAAUGUGUCCCCGCUCUCCUGGAAUGUGGCUGUCAAGUUCCUCAUGGCCCGCAAGUUCGACGUCCUGCGGGCCAUCGAGCUCUUCCACUCCUACCGGGAGACACGGCUGAAGGAGGGAAUUGUGAAGCUGAAGCCACACGAGGAGCCGCUGCGCUCGGAGCUGCUCAGCGGGAAGUUCACCAUUCUGAGCGUGCGGGACCCCUCGGGAGCCUCUAUCGCCCUGUUCACAGCCAAGCUGCACCACCCCAGCAAGAGUGUGCAGCACGUGGUGCUCCAGGCACUCUUCUACCUGCUAGACCAAGCCGUGGAGAGCUUUGAGACGCAAAGGAAUGGGCUGGUGUUCAUCUACGACAUGGCAGGGUCACAGUACACCAACUUUGAGCUGGACCUCAGCAAGAAGAUCCUCAACCUGCUUAAGGGUGCCUUCCCAGCUCGGCUCAAGAAAGUUUUCAUCGUGGGAGCGCCCAUGUGGUUCCGCGUGCCCUACUCCAUCAUCAGCCUGCUGCUGAAGGAGAAGCUGCGGGAGCGGGUGCAGAUGGUGAAGAUGUCGGAGCUGAAGGAACACCUGCCACGGGAAUGCCUCCCUGAGUACCUCGGGGGGUCCCUCAAACUGGACCCUCUGAGCUGGAACUGCCGGUUCCUGCCCCAGCAGAAUGGGCACCCUGACCCCCUGGACGAGCUCAUCCUGGUGCCGCUGGCGGCCCCCAAAGAUAACGGCUCCGUCCACGUCCCUGGGCCCAAGUCCAUGACCCUCCAGGAGCUACUGGAUCAUGUCAGUCACAAGCAGAAACAGGGCAUCUAUGAAGAGUAUGAAGAUAUUCGGCGCAGGAGCCCAGCCGGCACCUUUGUCUGCUCUUUGGCACCCUACAACCAGGAGAAGAACCGGUAUGGGGACGUGCCCUGCCUGGACCAAACCCGUGUCAAGCUGGCAAAGCCAUACAGUCGCCCGGAGCUGACUGACUACAUCAACGCAAGCUUCAUGGAUGGCUACAAGCAGAGGAACGCUUACAUUGGCACUCAGGGGCCUCUGGAAAACACCUAUGGUGACUUCUGGCGCAUGGUGUGGGAGCAGAACGUCCUGGUGAUAGUGAUGACAACCCGGCUAGAGGAGGGAGGCAGGAGGAAGUGUGGCCAGUACUGGCCCCUGGAGAAGGAUUUCCAGGUGUGCUUCGGGGCCCUGACCAUCACCAACCUGGGCGUGGAGAACCUCAGCCAUUACAAGAAAACCAUUCUGGAGAUCCACAGCUCGGAGACCAGGGAGCGGCGGCUGGUGUCCCACUUCCAGUACCUGAGCUGGCCGGAUUAUGGCGUUCCUUCCUCCGCCGCCACGCUCAUUGACUUUUUGGGGGCUGUGAAGCAGCAGCAGAGGGUGGCUGUCAGCACCCUGGGACCUCGCUUCAAGGGUCACCCGAGGGGACCACCGGUCGUGGUCCACUGCAGCGCCGGCAUCGGCAGGACAGGUACCUUUUGUGCACUGGACAUCUGCCUGUCGCAGCUGCAGGACGUGGGUACUCUGAACAUCUACCAGACGGUGCUACGCAUGCGGACCCAGCGCGCCUUCAGCAUCCAGACCCCCGAGCAGUAUUACUUCUGCUACACUGCCAUCCUCGAGCACGCCCAGCGUGAGGGCCUGCUGCUCGCCAACCACAGCCGGGCUGCCCAGGAGAAGAGUUCGCCAGGGCACUGAGAUCCCCCGCCUCCCUGCAGACACCCCCUUCCCAUCCUCCGGGGGCUGCCUGAGCUGCCUUGGUGUCUGCCAGGACUCAGCUGAGCUGUUGGGGCGGCGGUGCCAGAGCACCUCAGCUGUUAGCACUGCUAUGGAACUGUGCCUUAUUCAACCCAAACAGUAGCUGCCACUCGCCGGCACGGGAAGGGGCUCUUGCUCCUCCCCAUUGUGUUUUGGUUGGGUUUGGUUGCGUGUGGAGGUGGUUUGUCUUCUCUUCAAGUUGUUUUGUUUUUUUUUUAUUUUGUUAUUUUGUUGUUGUUGGGACCACCUAAGCUGUACCUAGAGAGGGGCUUUGCAAAGUCCUAGAAAAUGUAUUCCCACUCCUGGGGCUGGGGGAGAGGUGUGUGCUUUGGUCUCACCUGCCACUCCCUCUGUGUGUCUGUAUGUAUGUGUGUAUAUAAUAUACCCCUGCUCUGCUCCCCUGGCUAUUAUAUAGAUACAUAUAUACAAGCUCCCCUUUAGCAGCUUCCGAGGAUUCUCACUGUCCUGCCACCUCACUGCUGUGAUCCCUGGAGCGGUGAGUUUGGUCCUGGCUCUGUCUUAUCUUCCCCCUUCCCCUUUUUCCCCCUCAUGGGCAGCACUGGGACACGGUACCCACUCUCAUGCCUGUCCCACUGGAGGCACGAGGAUGCUUGGUGGUGUCCCCCCCAUUUCCUUGUCUCAUCUUCCCUGUGGAGACAGCAGCUCUGCUCCCAGGAGGAUCUGGAGGAUUUGGGUUGUUGGAGGGGUGUGAAGCUCACAGGCAUUCCCUGCCCCUUGGGGCACCGCCACAGGAGUCACUUGGUACGAGGUGAUGGGGACACAGGGACCAACUGGCUCACCAGGUUGCCUGGCUUUCCCAAGCCACCACUGGGAACCUGCAGGCCCAGCCCUGCAUUGAGUCACAGGCCGGGAAAGUGCUGAGCAAGAAUAAACCCCAAACCCUGGAGAGGCAAUGAGCCUUAGCCCUGGCCCCCACCACCACCUGGACCUCCCCAGCUUUAUACUGUAAUAAGAUCUUUGAAUGUGUAUAUUCUUAUUUUUUUAUAAUCUUGGCGGGGGGGUGGGUAGUUUUCAUUUUGUAGUUCUUUUUUGGGGUUUUUUGGUUGUUUUUGUUUUUUUUAAUUUAACAUUAACUUGAUCCAAGCCAGAACCAGAAGUAUUUGUAAAUGUUCCUAUUUUGCUCUUGUUCAGAGAAACCUUUUUGUUGUUGUUCCUUUUUUGGGGGUUGUUUUGUUUUUAUUUGUAUUGAUAUAUAAAUAUACUACCAGUGA